UGGCAAGUCUCGGGAAGUGCAGAGUCAUAUUUUCAGACUAAGCUUAGGAUGGAGUUUCCCAGUUUAGGAAAGAAUUGCUUCCAGUCGAGUUGUAAACAACUAGAUUUCCUUCCUAUGAAAUGUGAUGCCUGUUCAAACAUCUUUUGUCGGGACCAUAUCAAGUAUGAUACCCACAAUUGUACAGAAUCCUACAAGAAGGACAAUCAAGUUCCUGUGUGUCCACUGUGCAAUGAGGCCAUAUCAGUGAAGAAAGGUGACCUCCCCGAUGCUGUUGUCAGUCGCCACAUAGACAAUGACUGCUCAUCAGAUCUUGCCAAACAGAGAAGAAAGAUCUAUACCAAUAAAUGUACCUUCAAAGGCUGCAAGCAGAAAGAGCUGGUGCCAGUUAAGUGUGACAAGUGCCAUCAAAACUUCUGUUUACGCUAUCGCCAUGAAACUGACCACAAGUGUCAGGGAUUUGAAAACUCUGGUCAGGGAAUGUCAAAUGCAGGUGUUGCAGCUCUCUUUAGAAGGAAAACUACUGCAGGUUCUUCAUCUGGCAGCUCCACAUCUAAAAAAUCCAACAAACAACCACAACAGACAACAAUGACUUCCUUUGGUAGAGGUCUAGACAGGGAACGUAGAGAGAGGCAGCAAAGACAAGCAGCACCAACAGCAUCAACAGCAGCAUCAACAUUGCCCACUGGCAUGACAGAGGAUGAAGCUCUAGCACGUGCAAUACAAUUGUCUAUGGCGGAAGGUCAGUCACAACAGCGACCAGCUCAGACAAAAAAACAGGGGCUAACAGCCCAGGAGCAGGAGGACCAGCUGUUGGCUCAGGCCCUGGCAGCCAGCGAGGAGGAAGCAUUGAGGGCUCAGAGGAGGAGGGCAAUGAAAGUAUCGGCGUGAGUGUAUGACCCUGAUUGUGUGACAGCUGCAUCAUGGGAGUUUCCGUCUAUUGCAGCAGCAUCAACAGCAAGAAAAAUCAACAUGCGAAGUUUCCUGAAACAGAUGAUAAGGAUAUGACUUGGCAUUCAACCUAUCCUACCUAAGUGGCCUCAAUGGUAUUAUCCACAUAAAGACAUGGAAUGUACCAUAAUUUCUUCCAGGGUGGAUUAAGUGUAUUAACACUUUUUGUGGCAUGGGAAUACUUUCAAAGAUUGUGUGCAAUGAUUGUUACGAUGCAUUCACUGCAGUUCCAUUUUGUCCUGUUUAUAUAUAUAUUGUUAACUUUUAUACAGAAGGUUUUACUUGUCAUCCAUCUCAACAGAGAGAGUCCCAGUCAGACUUGUCUUAGCACUAGUCCAGUGGUCUUAUGUUGAAAUCUUUCGAAAUAAUACUUUCUGAUCAUAUUUUUAAUAUCUUCAGAAUUGCAUGUCAGUUUUUUGUGUCAUAGUGAAAAUAUAAGAAUCUAUGCUUCUUGAAAGAAGUUAAGGCCACUUGAUGUAUUUCUAAUUACUAUGGUUAAUCCAUCAUGUUAUUACAGAUCAAACUACAGUAAUAUGAAAGUAUCGGGUGCUCCUUAAUUUCUUUUCAGUUGUAUACUUAGCUACUCAUUCAAUGCUUAGAUUGUGAUGCUUUCUGUAUGCAGUAACCAUUUUGUAUUCUGUUGAACAGAGAUAAUAAUAGACUAUUCCUCUACAUUUGCCAAGGCUUAAAAAUAGCCAUGAUGGGUGUGAUUGAGAGUGAGUGUAUGUUUUAAAGUUUUGUGGGCAGUAAUUUAGCCAUAUCAUGACUUGCCAUGCAGUGAAUCUCAAGGUUAAAUAUGCAUCUACUUUCUUGAUUUCAACACACUUUCAGCAUGUUGAGCACUGUUCACACUUGUCAUGUUGUUCCAAUCAUAGAUUUUCUGAUUUAUUUAUUCCACAGGUAUGCUGGACACUUUGUAAUCAUUUUUUGUGCUUUGUUUCCACCAUCAUUUAAAUUUAAAUUUUAUAAUAAUCAUAAAUGUUUCUUCAAGUUUUCAACCAGUUUAUUUUCUAAAAUCAACGUUGAUCAACUGUCAAUACCGUAGUCCAGUUUAAACUACUUCUGUACUUAAUCAUGAAAAUUUAUAUUAAGUGAACAGGUUUAAAAUUAAGUGUGUUUCUGAUUACAGGAGAAGUUAAUAAUGUUGGCGUGAUUCAACUGUAUUGUUAAGUUAUAUUUCAUGAUAUACAUCGUUAUUUGAAUGUUUUAUGUCUGUGAUAUCAAUAAAGUGUAUAUAUAUAUA